CAGCAGGCGCUGCCCACCCCGUGGAGCCCAGCGGCGCGCUGAGGCUACAAGUGCCACGGCUGGUAAUCGGAGGACUUUCCCGUGGAGCCGAGCAGGAACAGGCGCGCGGUGCUUCAGCCGCACGUGGUGGUCAAAGCAGGGGAAACUUGCCUUCUUAUUUGAGGGAUCCUGUCACAGUAAUGUGUGAGUCCUUGGAUAAAUUUGGCUUGGUGACGGCAAUGCUUUCUUCAGAGACACUGCUACUUCCUCUGUGCUCCUUUUCUACCCUGACCUAAGUUUCUCAGUGUUAAUCCCGGUGAUAAGUCAGAGGAUUUGCCCUCUUCAUACUUUCUUGCCACUAGGUAUCCUCUCCUUUCUUUUACUCCUUUUAGAGGAACUGGGGCUGAGGUGUCUACAGUUGUGGCUGAAAAGGAGAUGGGGACCUCAGGAGCGAUACUCUUGGUAGUGCAGCCUUAGCUCUUGUUGGGUUCUUAUCUGUGUUGCUGUUGGCAGAAUUCUCAGAACCUGCUGGGGGAUGUCUGACUAGCUCCGAUGGAGCUCCACUCCCUUGCUAAGAAGAGCAGCCAGGCUUUCCUGUGCGAUGCUGGGGACUGGCAUUCAGGAGGCCCUCCUGAUGGCCAGGCAGAUGCAGCAGCCAUCAAAGCUGCUCUCUGCUGCCAGAGACACUGUACGUCAACACCAAAAGCAGCUGAGAUUGAAGGAUCUAAACUUAGUCCUUCUCCAGCAUCCCCCUCCUCCUCUUUGCAAGACAGAGUUAUUCAGACAGACUCCUUGCCACCAGGACCUCUCAACUCAGGGAACAACCAAAUAACAGCAGGGCGGAAAGUCUGCAACUGCUGCAGCCAGGAAUUAGAAACUUCUUUUACCUGUGUGGAUGAGAAUGUCAACUUAGAGCAAAGGAACCGAUGCUCCCCUUCAGCAAAAGGGAGCAAUCACCUGGGAGACCUUGGCUGGGGAAAUCCAAACGAGUGGUCCCAUGAGGCUGCCGUAUCCUUGAUAUCCGAAGAUGAGGAUGAUGUAAGUUCGGAAGCCACAUCUUCAGGGAGGUCAGUUGACUAUGGUUUCAUCAGUGCCAUCUUGUUCUUGGUCACUGGCAUCUUGCUGGUGAUCAUCUCUUACAUUGUUCCACGGGAAGUGACUGUGGAUCCCAACACCGUGGCGGCCCGGGAGAUGGAACGCUUGGAGAAGGAGAGCGCAAGGUUGGGGGCUCACCUGGAUCGCUGUGUGAUUGCGGGACUCUGCCUGCUCACUCUUGGGGGGGUCGUUCUGUCCUGUUUGCUGAUGAUGUCUAUGUGGAAGGGGGAGUUAUAUCGUCGCAACAGGUUUGCCUCUUCCAAAGAGUCUGCAAAACUCUACGGUUCUUUCAACUUCAGGAUGAAAACCGGCACGAAUGAAAACACCCUGGAACUGUCCUUGGUAGAAGAAGAUGCUCUUGCUGUACAGAGUUAAUUCUGGUUGUGAACUUCUUGAGGGUCUGCGUUAGCAUUUUCUGUGAAAACAAACCAACCAACCACUUUUCUUAAAAUUAACAGUGCAGUUUAUUUGCUUGUCAGGAAAUGCUCAUUUCACAAACCAACAGCCAGUGAGUGUUUUUGUUCUAUAUGUAUUUUUUAUUUACAAGAAAAGCUGUGUUAAGAUGCAUUAAGAAACUACAACCAGCUACACCUGUCCUUGUAAGAGCUGAGAUUAAUUAAUCUAUAAUGGCCAUCAGCUUCUGUUUCUAUAGCAAAAUAUUUCUAACAACCAGCAUACAAAUGAUUUUUUUAACAUGAUAUGGGGUAUUCUUUGGACAUUAAGAAGUCCUGCACACAGUAGGGUCAAUUAGUAACUUAUUUUGUGAAAAAGAACCUAAGCACUAAUCACAUAAUAAGGCUUACAUUUAAUUCUCAAAGGUGCUUAUCCAUUCUCUUGCUAAAUUUUUUCUUCCUCUAAUUUGGCUGAGCAUUAAAAUAUAGGAUUUUGAAUUUGAAUAUUUUGAAGCUUGAGGAUGUUGAUUAUUUUAAAAAUGCAAGAAUAUAUAUGUUGUAUUUAUAAUUAUUCCUGUACUCAGAAUUGGUAACUAAGUCAUUAGAAUAAACUUUCUAGGAAAAGAAAAAUAUAUAAAUCAUUAUUAGACCAAUCUGAAUUUAACCCAGAAUGUUAGUGCCAGAUAUGAGCUGGUGUUGCAUGCCCAUUUUCUAGGUAAAGUAAAAUUAAUUGCUUACGUAAAUUUCAUUUUCUGUUUGUGGUUUAGCUAUCCCACAGGUUACCCGGGCUCUUGAAGUCUUUCCUGGUUCUCACACCAUAGAGGCAAAGCAUUAGACGUUUUUAAUAUAUUUCCAGACAUAUAAACCUCUAGGCAGGUCAGAGUCAUGAUUAGCUCAGACACACCCAGGUGACAUUUUGUUAUUGUUUGGAGAAAAUUUCCAGCACAAUUGCAGCUAGACUGUUAGAAACAUUUAGAAAUUGGUAUCACUUACUCUUGGCGAAGCAACAAACCAUUGCCCCAGGAUGGAAGCAGUCCUUAAGCCCACAGCCAAAAAAUUAAAAGAUAAGAGUGACAAAGAGAGAGGAAACUGAUUCAGUGGGAACUGCAUCCUCACCAAAACUCGCCUCCUCCUAACAUGGUCUAAGUGUCUCUCUCCGUUCCUCAUCCAGGCCCUCAGAAACUGUGAUGCCUUGCCUCAUGAUUUUUACACUUGCUCCAUGAGAGGCACGAUGAGCGAAGUGGUCACAACUUUGCAAAACACACACCCAGUGUCCACACUAACACACUGUCUCCGUACAGUUAUGGUUCGGGAAGGGGUAGGAAAUGGAGCCUCAAAUAGCUUGCAUUUUGCAAUUAAUCUUUGAGGUGUUUCCAUCCUCCCACUGCAAGAGCUCUUUUAACUUCCAUUAGUGCAUUACCAGGAUCUUACAAAGGGCUGGAACUUGGAAUUUGGGGUGGGAGGGCAGAGAUGGGUAAGUGAGAACAUGAUUUCUUUAUUGAUUCUAAAGCAUAAUUCUAAUGCCUGAAGUUUUUGUUGUUAUUGAGGACUGGAAUAUGUGGGUGACUUUGGCUGGCAGAGUGUGUGAGUCAGGAUGUUUAUGUGAAUGAGCUCCUGUUGAUGUCAGAGAUUGAUUUGAUGAGUUAGGUACACUGUGUGUUACUAAGGGUUAAGAUGAAAAUCAAAAAGGUAGGAUCAGAAGAUAGUAAAAAUAGAGAGGGCAGGCAUGUGAAAGAAUUAUUAGGUAAAAAUGAGAACUUGCGUGGACAUCAGAGGAAGCUAGAUGUAGCUGAAUUACCUUAUUCUAUAUAACAGGCUAUUAACUGACUUGGAAAUAAUUGGAACAUCAUAAACGUGAUUUUUGUUUUCUAUUGCUGUUUCAUCGUGCUUUUUGAAAAAAGUUUUUGUUUUAUUGUGAUUCUCAUGUUACCGUUUAUGUUGAAGCUGGCUUGCUGGAAGUAUAAAUUCAAUAUUUUGAAGGUUUAUAAAUUAUCAGAUUCUAACCUGCUUGGGCCCCACCAUACAUUAAGUUGAGGCAAUAAGGUAAUGAUAUCCUUGGAUGAGUGAGUAGGUCUGGGCUGUGUGUCUUUUAAAAAAAAAAUACAUUAAAAAAAUAAUGCUUGUUCUUAAAAGCUAAGUGGGAUCAGCUGUGUUUUGUUUUUAUUUAUUGGAGAAACAUGAUUAAUUAGCCAAAUUGCAGGCUAAACUGAAUUAAUGUGUAGCCUGAUUUUCAGCUCAUGAAGGAAGACAAGUUUGAGAAUCAAGUGUUAGGAAGUUUUUCAAUAAUGUAAAACUGGAUAAAGGAGAAGAAGCCAGAACUUUUCAUUUGGAAACAUUUAAUGAAUCUUCCAGUGCUACCAAAUCACAUACAGUUCUGAUGUGAUCUAAGGGAUAUAUAUAUAUAUAUAUAUAUAUAUAUAUAUAUAUAUAUAUCCUAUUAUAUCUGUAUAUGUAUCCCAAUUAGUAAAAGAUAUGCAUGAGGAAAGACGUAACAAGUCAGAAUAUAUUUCUUCCUUCCCUUCCUUAAAAUUUUAAAAUUGAAGUAUAGUAAUCAAUGCUUACUUAUUUCAACACUAUUUAAAUCUGUCCAUAUAUAGGACACAUCUCUUUCAAGUCUCUACUUAUAUGAUGGCAGACUAUUACUCCAAAAAGAACCAAUUCAGAAAUCAUCUGGACAUCUAUAGUGCUGUGUUGACACAGUUCAGAUAACUGCCUUAAUCAGCUUUCCUCCAGUAUUCCCUUGUAUAGCCCUAGUCGAUCCUAUCAGUGCCUGAAUUCAAGAUAAGGAUUACUUGAAUUUAAAGCCUGGUAACACAAGCAACAAAAAGCCCUGGACUUUAGACACUAUUGUUUCCAAUCAGAUACAGAGGCUUUUGGCUCUAAAUAUAUUUAUUUAGAAGGACUUUGGCAGAUCAGGUGAUUAUAUUACACACAUUGAACAGAUGAUAGCUAUGGUGUUGGUCUUGGAUCCUACAUGGAGAUUAUGACCUUACAUCUAUCUUUUUAACAUGGUGCUGGUCGUUGUGCAUGAAACCUUUUAUUGCUAGAUCUGGAACAGCAAAGCUUUUUCAGAGGUCUGUGGUUUAGGUCUUAAACUUUUUAUCAGGUGUUAAAAAACUAAACUAAGUCACUUUCCUAAUCGUAAAGCAGUUCAUUGUUCAGUAAUGCGGUCCAAAGGGGUGAGUACCAGAAAGAAAGCUUUCUCUAUUACUACUGGGAUCUAUAUGCUAAUGGGCAGUUUAAUCCUUCUAUCUAUCUAUCUAUCUAUCUGUCUGUCUGUCUGUCUAUCUAUCUAUCUAUAUCUAUUUAUUAAAUGUUUGUUUAUUUUUGAGAGAGAGAGUGUGAGCAAGGGUGGGGCAGAGAGAGACAGGGACAGAGGAUCCGAAGUGGGUUUUACUUUGACAGCCAGGCUCUGUGCUGAUACCAGCAAGCCCAAUGUGGGGCUCGAACUCAUGAACCGUGAGAUCAUGAUCUGAGCCAAAGUUGGACGUACAACCUACUGAGCCACCCAGGUGCCCCUGAUCCUCCUAAUGGCUUUAAUAAAAGGCUCCUUAUUGGGGCUUAGAUACUUGCCUGAUACUGGUAUCACAUGCUUUGAUGGCUACUUAAAAUAUCUUAGCUGAAAAUACCUCCCUCUCAUACUUACUUGUUUUAGGGACCCAAUUGGACCAGUGCUGGCACAUGUCCUUUGAGACAUGCAAAUUUAGACAAAGAGACUGCCCUACUAAAUUCAUUUGUGCCUUCCCUUUGUCCUCCAGAGUAAGGGUAGUGACUGAGUGAGCACUACGCCAGCUGAAUGGCAGGAAUUAGGGUCUGAACCCAAGCGGCUCUACUUUUUGUUGCUUCGUGACAGGCAAAAAUUCUAGGCAAGAGCAUUUAAACAUUUCAGCCUUCAUCUUUCAUAUGUGCAAUGGCAGGCAUAUGCAAAACCUUACCUGGAUUAGUCAUCUAGAGUUAAGGAAAAAAAAUAUUCUAUAUAUCUAGUAGGAGAAGGUUUUUCAAUCUGAAGGUCAGAUUCCAUUGCAGCAAUUACUGCCACCACAAAAAUGUGGCCUGACCAAAGAGAUUCACAACCUUCACCAAUGGCUCACCUAUUCAGGAAGAUUUAAUACCACCAGCUAGAUUCCACUGUGACAAAGGAAUAAGACAGAUCCUUACAGUUCUCUGUAAUGGGGUUUGACCUUUCCCAGAACUGGGCAUAAAGAAUGACUACAAUGAAAAGAAUUAUAAUGAAGUCUCACUGGCUUUUCCCAGCAUAAAAGGGUUCAUAAGAAAGAGAAUUAACAUAUCAUUGUUUUUCAGCUAUAUCAUUUUAUGGUUCAUAGUACUCUAUAAUAUUCUCUCCUUCCAACUUUUAUGGUCAGAAGCCUUGGGAAAUAAUUUGCCUGAUUUGUGCACUGACACUGUAAAAAGGGGGAUGUUCUUUUAAAUAUGUAAAAGUGAUUUCAAUAAUCUGUGGCUUACAUUUAAGAGCAUACCUGGAGUUUAUGUUUGUUAAUGUGUAAGUUUAUGUCCACUCAAGUCUAUAUAUGUAUUAGGAGAAUGUUUUAUAAUUGUAGAACUGUAAUACCCAAAGCUAUUGUUAGAAUAAUUUUCUUAUAGGAAACUUGGCAUGCCUUAACGUUGACUUUAAGGAUAACAGAAGUCUUUCACAGGUCAUGAAUUAAGGAUUUAGAAUCAACCUCAGAAUGAAAUGCCAUAAUUACAUAGAUCUCUUUUGGCUGGUCAGCAUCUCACAGAUGUUUGAUUUAUUUUCUUAACCGCUCAAUUUCAGGCUCAUGAGAGUGUGGCAUAUUUAGAAGUUAUUUUACCAUGAAUUCUUAUUUUAUUUCAAGGAAAUAUGGGAAGCAGACAGUACUUUCCUUUGCUCCAAGUUUUAGCAAUUUUCCCGUGUUUUGGGAAGAGCCAGUCUUACUCUCCCACUGCCAUCUUUAUGGUUCCUACCCAGGCUCUGAACAAAUGUUGUACAAGAAUGCAACGAUGGAUUAUUACUAUAUAGUAUAUUGGGAGUUUCUAUUUUGUGGUUCUCAUCAUGCUUUUAAUUUUAUUUUUCUUGCCAAACAAGAAAAAUAAUUUGAUGUUGAUUAUGUGUUUUAAUAUUCUAAAAGGGCAGUUAUUAAGGUUAUGGGCUUUUCCUUUGGGCAUGUGAUGCCUUAUGUGUUAAUUGCAAGUGUGUCAUAUCAUUUUAAAAUAAAACUGUUUAUAAAGAUG